AUGGGCACCUAUCAGAAAAGAAUGACAUAUACGAUCUGGUCACAAGAUAUAAUUACAAAAUGGAGUACAGCAGAAUGCAUGGUGUACGUAGUAUAUCCUCUCCGGGAAGCGAAUUGCCAUCGCAAGGAUGAGUACGGCGCAGAGCGAAUCAGUUAUCAGUUUUUCGCCUGCACAUGCACUGACACUGUAGCCAGAUGGCUAUCCUUUAUGAAUGUCCUGCAGCACUUCUGUGCUGCCCGUUUCGAGAAUUUCCUUAUUGCAAUUUAUUCACAGGAAACUCAAACUUGUGAUAAGGAUUUCGAUAAUUAUUAUAAGAAGUAUGGCAAGACUGCGUAUCGUCCUUACUGUUAUGACAAGUACCAACUUCGACCGACCUCUGAACUUUUGUACUCAUAUGGGCCGCGAAUGGUCCAGAAUUUCAGUAAUCCAUACACCAGUAUUCCUACAGUGGUAAGUUUAUUGCGUUUGGAGUUAGAAAGAUUAAAUUUCUUUCUUAAUUUGAUUAAUCGAAACAUUAUUUGA